GGGAGCUGUGGAGGGGGAGAUCCCCCCGGAGCGCAGACUCAAGAGCAGGCUCUGCUUCCGUCCCCAAACGGAGGGAAGUCCCUCCUUGUCCCUUGCCCCAGUGUGGGGGUGACGCUGCAGGGGACCCCGGGUCUCUCGCCUCAGGGCCCUGCCCGUGCUGGUGGGGGCUGGGGAUGUGGUGGGCAAUGGGGGGCUGAAGGAUGUGCCCCGUUGCCUUUCCUCAGGGUCUGUUCCCAUCUCCAGGGUAGCUCUGACGGGCCAUGUGGGUCCCACAUGCCCUGGGGAGAGGUCACCGUGCCUGGGCAGCGUCCAGGGUGAUAUCUGCCAUGUGCCCAUGGAGAAGCUCCCAUGCCACGAGGAGCCACUGACAGCCACGGCCAAGAGGCUCCAGGAGAUGUCAGACAUAGCCGACGUGCUGGAGAUGCCCCCUGAGCUGCCCGCCGAGGCUCUGCCACCUGUGCCCAGCCCCAAGCCAGCCCGAGAGAUUGUGAACGAACCCGCUGAGAUCAAGCUGCCUCCCUGGCUUGGAAACUGGGGGCCUUCCCGCGAGAAGGUGCCAGUGGAGCCCCCCUCUCCACCGAAGCCGGCAGAGCAGCCCAGCCAGCCCCGACGGGGCCGCCCGAUCCGCACCUGGCUGGGGGAGAAAGUCGUGGACCCCCUGAAUUCUGGGCUGGGGCAGGAGCUAAGCGGCGAGGACUCCGCCCACCAGCGUGGCUUCCACGGACUGCCACUCCAUCAGUUCCUGUCCUCGCUCACCGACAGCCCCACCACGGACACCCACCGCCCACCCCGCAGGGCCCUGCUGCUGGCGCAAGGGCUGCGGAAGGCCACGCUGGCGUCCAUGCUCUACGAGAAAUACAGUAAUGAGACGGAGGAGGAGAUCCGUCCCCGCCCACAGCCCAUGGAGUCUGUCUCCACCACGCACCGGGACUACGCUGCCAGGGGCUUCCAGCCCACACCUCCAGCCGUCACCCAGCCCCACAACUACUUGACGGAGCAGCCAACGAGCUUUUGGCUGGAGCAAGCCCGUGGACUACCAGGUGUCACUGCCCUCUUCAGCAGAAACAUUCCCUUCAAGAGGAACGCAACCUUCUCCACUCCCAUCACUGUGUACCUAGGGCCACCUCACCCCUGCGACCCCCUGAGCAGCGAGCCUCAGACCUUCAAGGAUUAAAAAGCAAGGGGACACAGGUGGUCCCUGCAUCCUUGCCACCCUCAGGCUGUCCUCAGGCUGGGUGUUUGGAAGGGGAGCACAGCAUCCCUGGGAUCUCAAAUCCCUCAGGGCCAUGCAGCAAAGUGGGAAACCCUCCAGCCCUGGUGCAAGUCACUGUUGACCCAAAACAUGCUGUGGCCCCAAACCUCCCUCCUUGAGCAUGAAGGGAGAGCCCUUGGCACAGCCUCGUCCGCUGGGACAUGUCCCCUCCCGGCACACGCAGCGGGCGACACGCAGCCGCCGUCCCGGUCCCCAGGCACAGGUGUGUUCCAGUAAGAGGCAGCAGCGGGGUGGCCAGAGCAUGAGCUCAGAGGAACGCACUGCAGCCUUCACGCCAAAGCAAACCCCGCCGCGGCAGCCCUGCCUUCCCAGCACUGCCCGAGCCCUCAACAGCCACCCCUGCGUUGAGCCCCAGCUCCCCGUGCCCGGACCCCCACCCUGCACCGCAGACAGAGCCCUGCGAUACGAUGCUCUGGGAUGCUCCAGGCAGCUGACCCCAGCCAAGGCUGAGUUCAGUACUGGGGUGCCCCCAGCCCCUCUCCCUGACUGGCACUCCAGGACAGAGAGAAGCAGAGGUCAGGUAACAGACGGAUU